AUGGGCUCCAGCAAGGCAGAACCACUGGCCAACCGCGACGCACCUAUCCCUGUCGUUCAGAUACACCCUGCAGAUGACAGCACACCAAGGACGUCUCAUUCUAGAACACCAAGCGCGGAUCAUGGGCGCUCACAUCGUCUCUCAGCCACCAAACUGAAAGAUAAGCUAGAGUCCUUGGGCGAGAGUAUAAAUCGCGAAUCAUCAAGUAGAAUGGGUGACAAGAUGAUGAACUUGCUGCUUUCGCAAGUCCUUCCAUCCGAAGAUGUCCACGACGACUCAAAUUCUGAAAAUGGCGUCAAUAACCCCUCAAUACGCAUCAAGGAUCGACGGUCUCGUGCCUAUGUCGAACGCCCCAGCUUCUCCAUCCCGACCAUGUCAUCCAACUUUCGCCGCUUCAACUCCCGUAUAGGCGUAGCUUUCAUUCUACAAAACCGCCUCAUCCGCCUCUUCACUUGGGUCCAGCCGACCCAGACCCUCUCUUUCCUCUUUGUAUGGACUUUUGUUUGCAUCGAUCCACAUCUGCUAUCCGUCCUACCGCUUGCAUGCGGAAUGUUCUUCAUCAUGGUCCCAGCCUAUCUAGCCCGACAUCCAGAGCCAGAAGGUACCAGAAGCGUGGAUGAAGUCUACAUGGGCAACCUAGGAGGUCCACCACUGGCAGAUGCACGGACGAUCAAGCCCGCGCCAGAGUUCUCCAAAGACUUCUUCAGAAACAUGCGAGACUUGCAAAACUGCAUGGAAGACUUCUCGCGCUCGCACGACGCCGUCCUAUCCUUCAUUACCCCACUGACCAACUUCUCAAACGAGUCGUUGAGCUCCAUGUUGUACAUCCUCCUCCUUCUCCUCUCCAAUGUGCUCUUCAUUGCAGCGUACCUGCUUCCCUGGCGCUUCAUCUUCCUGCUCCUCGGUUACACAGUCACCGCGCUUGGCCACCCCUCUAUACAAGACAUACUCACAACUCCCGAGACGGAGAAAUUCAUUACCGAUGCUGAGCAGGAAGGCCGUUCAUUCCUCCUGACCAUCUCGAAAUCCGACAUUGAACUCGAGAGCAGUCGAGAAACACGAGAAGUCGAAAUCUUUGAGCUACAGCACCGCGCUCUCCAUGAUGAAUUCGGGGAAUUUGAAAGCUUCAUUUUUGGACCCAGUCCCUACGCCCCUUUGUCUCCUGCACGCAUCUCAGGCGAUAAGCCGCGAGGGACGCCGUUCUUCGAAGACGUACUACCACCUCGUGGCUGGCGUUGGAGCGACAAAAAGUGGACGCUCGACCUGCUUUCCCGUGAAUGGGUAGAAGAUCGAUGCGUGACGGGGGUUGAAGUAGAAAUGGAGGGUGAGCGCUGGGUCACCGAUUUGCACUACGAGAUUCUCGAAAGCGAAAGCAAGAAGGAGAGUAAAAGGCAGGCGUUGAAGCAGCGAGUCGGCUCAAAGGGAAGCAGGGAUGUUGGGGAGGAGGAAAAGGCGGUUUUGAGACGGGCGUGGGAGAGCCAUGCCCCGUCGAGGAAGGGCGAGUGGCGGAGACGAAGGUGGAUUCGAAGUGUGGAGAGGAUGCCGUUUAAGAGCUCGUGA